AUUUUAAUCCAGUUUCGUAGACCUUUCUGUGAUCAGGUGAAAGCUUGGUCAUAAAUCCCUUAUUUAUUUAUUUUUUGCCGCUCACUCUUCAUCCUCUUGUUAAGUGCACCAUAUGGCCUCACAGCCUGCAUCGCUGCGUACCAGAGCGCAGCGACAGAAAACUCUGAAUCAUUACUGAGUUCUUCGUCAGAAAGAGCAAAUAUCAUCACGCAGGAGCAUAUCUGGGAAAUGUGUCAACAAUCGGCCACACCUUUCUCCCCCUGCAUCCAUGAGGACCUUUUAUUUCAACCUUUAUCCAUGCUUUUUAUAAGCUUUGAGUGUUCGAGAUUUACAGUUUUUGUAUUUAGAGGAACGGAUUGAUAAAGUGAGAGACGACAGGACCAAAGACUUCUGCUUAAAGAAACUGGAAACUAUCUGUUUGUAGGGUGACAAUGAAGGAACACACAUCCGGUGCUAAUGUGGAGGAUCUAUUGAGGAAAUCUCAGAUGGAGUUACAGUGGAUCCAAAGACAACUGGCCUUGAUGGCAGCUAGAAACAAACACCAUCCUCACCUGUGCACAAAAGGAAAGUUAAAGCAUGAGGUUUCACCACAUCAAGCUGCAGGACUUUCAACAGCCUACAAUGUGAACCGCUUCCGGAUGCUGGAGGAGAAAAACCGAGCUUUAAAGCUUCACCUGGCCACACUUUGCCAGGAGAAACAGCAUUACAGGAAACUGAAAGCAAAGCUUCAUGCUGCCUUGCAAGAGAAAAAUCGUCUGAACCUUGAGGUGAUCAAGCACCAGCUGAAGGCGUCCAAGUAUGACCAGGUCCAGUCUGACUAUGACCAGCUAAGACAAACCUUCACUGCAGUAAGUCGAGAAAGAGACACAGCCCAACAGCAGAAGAGCCGGCUCCAGGUCAAAGUAGAUAACCUCGAACACGUUCUAAAGCUUAUGCACGAGACAGUGGAGCUGAAGCAGCAGCUGCAGACAGAGUAUGAGCAAACCUUUGUGGCCCUUCACACCAAGCAGAAGGAGAUCAAUCAGCUGCAAAAGGCUUGGGUUCAAACUGACCAGGAGCAUGAGGAAGCAUUACACCUGUUAAAGGUCAAAGUUCGUGACCUGGAACUGAUAUGCAGGUCAUACAGUGAAAACUUCAACCACCUUCCCAAAGAGUUGCUGGACUUUUAUCUACAAUCAGCACCUGUGGAGAUAAAAACCGAUCCCAGCUUCAAGAACCAGAUCCUGUCCACACAAGGAGAAAAGCUCCCACCCACCACCACUGGAUUUGAAGCCCAAUCAAAGAAAGGCAAUGGGAGCGUGACACAGCCCCCGCUCCUGAUUUCCCAAUUAUUCAGCUGCAUUCUACCCACAGGACACACCAAACCCCCAGAACUGCGGUCUGCUACAUCCAGCCCUGUGAUAACGGAGCGCCCCAACAGCUCUUCACAGCUUUCUCCAUCAGAGAUGGAGGAUGAGGCCAGUCCAUCACCAAGGUCCAAACCUCGCUACACCGGCCAGGUCCGCCUCUGCACUGCCCGUUACAGUUACAACCCUUACGAUGGACCAAAUGAGCAUCCGGAAGCAGAGCUACCUCUUGUGGCUGGAAAGUAUCUAUACGUGUAUGGGGAAAUGGAUGACGAUGGCUUUUAUGAAGGCGAGCUGCUGGAUGGUCAAAGAGGACUGGUCCCUUCCAACUUUGUGGAGUUUGUCCAGGAUAAAGAAAAGCCAACUGGGGAGGGAGGGGAUGACCUGGGCCCUCUGGACCACCAACCCCUUGCAUUAGUGCCAGUGGAUGGUGGCACCUCCCAGGAUGGCCUCCUAGGCUCCAGUAACGCCCUGGUACCGUACAGCAACGGGACAGGGGGAACCUUGGAUCCCGAGGACCUCGCUGAAGAUGUUGUGCCUUACCCCCGGAAGAUCAACCUAAUCAAGCAGCUGGCACGAAGUGUCAUUGUGGCAUGGGAGCCUCCAGUAGUGCCUUUGGGCUGGGGAAACAUCACCGGGUACAACGUGUUGGUAGAUGGCGAGAUACGUGCCAGCCUGCCGUACGGCAGUCGGACCAAGUGCUUGUUGGAGAAGCUGGAUAUUGAUGCCUGUGUCUAUCGCGUGUCAGUGCAGAGCGCCACCGACCGUGGCUUGUCAGACGAGCUGCGCUGCACUUUGCUGGUAGGGGCGAACGUGGUGGUGGCGCCAUACGGCCUACGGGUGGAUGACAUCCAGCGGGACACUGCCGAGCUCUCGUGGUUGCCCAGCAACAGUAACUAUGCUCACACUGUGUUCUUAGAUGGGGUGGAACAUGCUGUGGUAAAGUCGGGAAGGUAUAGACUGCGCUUCCAUAACCUGAAGCCUCUGACAGUGUACAAAGUGACGGUGGUGGCACAGCCCCACCAGAUGCCAUGGCAACUGCCUCUGGAGCAGCGAGAGAGGAAGGAAGCUGGAGUGGAAUUUUGCACACAGGCAGCAGGUCCAACAACUUUUUUCAUACAAGGCCCACCGAUGCCUCCACAGGAUGUUCAGGUGCUCUGUGGGCAAGCCCAGGGGGUCCUACAGGUUCGCUGGAAGCCUCCCAUGCUCUCUCCCACGGGCACGUCUAACGGGGCAAAUGUCAUCGGCUACGCAGUCUGCACUAAAGGACAGAGGAUAGCGGAGGUGUUGUUCCCCAUGGCAGAUUACGUUACUGUUGAACUGUCGAGGAUUCAGUGCAUGGAGGCCAGAGAGGUCAUCGUCAGGACGCUGUCACUGCAGGGAGAAUCCCAGGACUCACAAGUCGCCGUCAUUCCAAACAACCUGCUUGUGCCUCUACCACCAAUUGCCCUGCCUCCACCGAUGCACCCAGACCUAAACGCCAAAGAGCACACAGUCCACCACGGAGGAGCCUUCCCGCCGGGACAGCCUGGCUGGGACCCAACACGCUCUCCUUCGCAGCCUCCUGUGCCCAUGCAAGGCCACACCCUCGAAGCUCCGCCCCAGGCCAAUUUGCGAUCCCCCUCUCCCCAAAGAAUCCUCCCUCAACCGAGAGGUACGCUCAUCCCGGACACAGUGGCAAAAGCCAUCGCUCGAGAAGCAGCGCAGAGAGUGGCUGCAGAAGGUGGCAAGGGUAACAGGAAGCAUGAAAGGUUUGGGGAGCAGGGUCAUUCCUUUCACCAGCAUCAUUCUGAUGAGGAAGAAGAAGAUGAGGAAGGUUUUGCACGAGGUCGUAGGAGAGGACCGUCGGUCGAUGAGUUCCUCAGAGGCUCCGAGCUGGGGAGGCCGCUUCACUAUAGUCACAAUGAAGAUUAUCACAGCGAAAGCAGCCGGGGCUCUGACCUGUCUGACAUCAUGGAAGAGGAUGAGGAGGAGCUUUACUCUGAGAUGCAGCUGGAAGAGGGACGGCGACGCAACUCACACAACACACCCAAGACUAACACUUCGGGCGGAGGUCAUCAUGACCGGGAAGGUGGAAGACAAAUUCAUCAUGGUGGACCCCAUCCUCAAAGGAGACCUUUAAUGGUCCCCUCCAUCGAUGGCUACAGGGAUCGGGACCGCCGAUCUCCCACGUACUAUGAGGAGUCUGAGCCCGAGGAGCCCUUUCGGAUCUUUGUGGCUCUCUUUGACUACGAUCCUCUGUCCAUGUCCCCAAACCCAGAUGCAGCUGACGAAGAGCUCCCAUUCAAAGAGGGGCAGAUUAUUAGGGUUUAUGGUGAUAAAGACACUGACGGGUUUUACAGAGGGGAAGUAAGAGGCAGGAUGGGUCUGAUCCCUUGUAACAUGGUGUCAGAGAUCCGAGCCGAUGAUGACGAGACCAUGGAGGAGCUCAUCAAACAGGGCUUUCUGCCUCUUAGCACCCCAGUGGACAGAAUAGAGCAGAACAGACGAGGUCUUCGUCGAGAUCAAGCCUCCAGGAGGAUGGUGGCUCUGUAUGACUAUGACCCCAGAGAGAGCUCCCCCAACGUUGAUGUUGAGGCUGAGCUGACGUUCUGUGCUGGUGACAUCAUUGCUGUGUUUGGAGACAUUGAUGAAGACGGGUUUUAUUACGGGGAACUCAACGGCCACCGCGGAUUGGUUCCCUCUAACUUUUUGGAAGAAGUGCCUGACGACGUGGAGGUGUAUCUGACCGAUACACCAUCCCAACACCCCCAGGAAGGGUCCGCCAACCGCUCCAACACCAACUCUGCCACCACUGUACCAGAGGGAAAACGGGCCGCCACGGAACCCACCGACACAGCCAAUAACAUCUCCACCCCCGUCCGGGCACCGUCUCCCAUCAUCCGUCCUCUCCUCCCAGGGACCAUGAGGCCCCUCAGCCCCUCGAGGAGUCCCCACAUCCCUCGGGACCCCAGGGACUCCCAAGAUUUGGCCAACAAGAAGAAAAAGGGACUUCUUUCUAAGGGAAAGAAACUGCUCAAGAGGCUCUCCCCAGUCAAAUAAAAACUCACAAGUAAAUGAAAAAAUGUACAUUACUUGUACAUUCAGUUGGGAUUUAGCAACCCCUGAUAGAGGACCGGAGCAGUGUCUCCUGGAUUUGGUAAGUCCAACAUGUCCAGGCAAAGAUCAGCUCGCUCUCAGUCAUAUAUCUGGUUUUGGGGAUCCACAGGCUGGAAACUGGCUGGAACUGAUCACAUACGUUUUGUAUAGUACUGUGCCAAAAUCAAAACAUAUAUAUUACUGUGACAUAUUUUAAAUAGAGUUAUUUUAAAUGAAAAAAAAGCAAACAAAACUAGGAUUUUCAUGACAGGAUUUUUCAGUUUUUGUUUAUUAGAAAAAAAUAGAUGAAUAUUUUUUUUUCUGCAUUUUCAUGCGAUCCUCUGCAAAAUCCCUACUAUAGGCUACACUGUUAUGUUGCAUUCUAUAAAGCAACGCUUGGCUGCUACAAAAAUCUUUUUCAGUGCAAUAUUGUAAGGUUGAUGGUAGCAUCUGUAGGGAGAAUAUACAGAGAAACAUUGAAGAUGCUACAGUCAAAAAGCCAAGAGUUUUACUAAUCCGGAUUGGCACAAGGGCAUUAAAGCUUUGCAGACUCAGUGGCCUUUCUGAAUUUGAACAAGCAGUUUGAAGAAUUGAGUCAGUAACAUUUGUUGUGUUUGCUGUCAUGAAACGCCUAGUUUGAGCCAAAAUUUUUGUGUCUAUCUUCCUGUUGCACAAAAGUGUGUUUUUGUGUGAUGACUGAUUUAAAAGAAGAAAAACUAUAAAAAAAAAA